UUUGGCUACAGGCUACAUCCAGCAAGUCCAAAAACAAUGGCUCCCGCCCUCGCCCGCCCCCUACGCUCCCUCAACCCAGCUGCCCGCCGUCUCGCAAGAUGUGCCUCCACGGCAGCCCCGCAAAGCUCAUCGGCACCUCCUCCCCCUUCCGAUCCCCAGUCUUCUCAACACACUCCCCUCCCCCGCCCGGCUUUCUCAGUCCCUUACACCCCUGUCCCCCGCUUAUCAGGAUUCCCUAACUCAUUUAAAUCACCGUCUCACAAGCACUAUAACUAUCCCACGCCUCUCUUUAACAGUCCACCUACCGAGAAAAUGCCAGACACCCUUGCAGAGCAGAGCCAGGCGAAGAAGGAAACGAAACUCGCAGCUGUCUCGGGGCUCUCUAGAGAAGAGCUUAGGAAUUUGUGCAGGUUCACUGUGAGGUCGACCAAAGUUCAACAUAUGACAAAGAAGGGAAAGAUGGCUUCGCAACAAGCGUAUGUUGUUGUUGGGCAUCCUGAAAAGGGUCUCGUCGGGCUUGGUCGUGGUCGAGGGCAUAAUCACGCUGCCGCUCAGGAUGAUGGAUUCCAAAAGGCUGUGCUUAACAUGGACUACGUAAAUCGAUAUGAAGAAAGAACUCUUUGGGGCGAAGGAAAGGACUUACAAGGCAAAUGGGGAGCUGCCAAGGUCCACUUGCGUGCUCGACCUCCAGGAUUUGGUCUUAUGGUCCCUCCUAUGAUCCAUCGAGUCUUCACUGCUUGCGGUAUCAAGGAUGCGAGUGCCAUGAUCGUCGGUUCCAGAAAUCGACCCGACGUGCUCAAGGCGACCAUUCAAGUCUUGCAUGGUGGUGGAAAUCCUUCUGGCUUCGGCACAGGUAUUUUUGGGAAGAAAGGACCCCGAGAAAACAAGGGUCGGGGAAUGAGGAGCAAGGACGAGAUUGAGCGCGAACGAGGAAGAUAUGGAGUGGAUGUCGGCAGGAGGAUCUAAUCAUUUGGGAUAUGGCUCUUGCCAUAGUUCAGUUCGCGCAUACUUUUGGUUUCCCAUCUGCUUAAAGGCGCGGAGGUAACGAAACUUGAUGCAUACAACAUACGGAAAAACUUUACGCAUCUCUCAAAGUCCCGCAAACGAAGAUAGUCUGCCCAAUAUAGCAAGCACAACGACCGCUACAACCCAUCGCCAACUGAAUAACCAAUUCCCUGCAGCGUGCCGUUGCACACGUUGCUCAGGUCGAGCUUGUGCAUGUGGUGUAUGUGUUGUUUGUGUAAGCUGGGCCAAAGGAACGGCAACAGGAAUGUUGGUGGGCGAGGACGAAUUGGGUGCAGCUGAGGUAUUCACUGGUUCUGAGACUUUGGACGCCUCAACGUCGCCUAUGUUAGACUUAGAUGACUAGUGGUUCUGAGAGACUUACAGAUGACGCGGCAGGUCCGCCCAUGUCAGGAAGGUCAGUCAUCUCAGGAGUGGCAUACUGCGAGGCAAUCAGUUAUCAGUAACGUACAUAGCGUAUUUGGUAAUACUGGGAGCCAUCGCUGUCAACUUACAUCAGGGAAUAUCUCCUAUCGCAAGAAUCAG